AUGGCACAGAAGCCCCGUCUCGCCGACCUCUGGCUGACCCCCGCGCUCACCCUCUCCAACCCCCGGAGCCCCCUUUACUCCCCCCUUUUGACACUCGCGCUAUUUACUGCGGCGGAGCGAAAGGAGGGACACGGCGCAAUAGUUGGGCCAGUUAACUCGCGCCUGGAUGGGGCUUUGGAUUCGCUGCGAGUCGGGACCCAUUUGGACAGCAGAGUUCUGUGUGUUUUCAGCGUGUGUUUUUUUACGGAGAUUUCACGUGCAGCGAUACACGACAGAAAGAUCUUGGACGGCUCGGGCCAUGUAAAAUUCUGCGUGGAUGCCAGCAAGCCUGAUAUCGGGAGCUGGCUCAAGCACGUCCAGUUCACACAAAUAUCCGGACUACACAACCUGACUGCGUGCCAGAUAGAUGAGCAGAUCUUCUACAAAGCCACCCGCGAGAUCUUCCCCGGCGAGGAGCUGCUACUUUUCAUGAAGGCUGAGGAGUAUUCAUGUGACAGUAUGGCCCCAGAUAUCCACGAGGAGAGGCAGUACCGCUGUGAGGACUGCGACCAGCACUUUGAGUCCCGCGCUCAGCUCCAGGACCACCAGAAGCAGCCGUGUGGGAUGCCCCCGGUCUCUUUCCUCAGUCCAGGUGGAGACAAUGACCUGAAAGCCCAGGAGCCUGAAGACCUCCGAUCACUUCACUUGUCCCAAGGCUUCCCCGAGUGCAAAGAGUGUGACCAGGCCUUCCCUGAUAACCAGAGUCUGGAAGCCCACAUCCUGUCCCACUCUGAGGAGAGGGAGUACAAGUGUGACCAGUGUCCCAAGGCUUUCAACUGGAAGUCCAACCUGAUACGCCAUCAGAUGUCUCAUGACAGCGGCAAGCACUACGAAUGUGAAAACUGCUCAAAGCAGGUGUUCACAGACCCCAGUAACCUCCAGAGGCACAUCCGCUCGCAGCACGUUGGCGCACGGGCACAUGCUUGCUCCGAGUGCGGCAAGACUUUUGCCACUUCGUCAGGCCUCAAGCAGCACAAGCACAUCCACAGCAGUGUCAAGCCCUUCAUGUGUGAAGUCUGUCACAAGUCCUACACACAGUUCUCUAACCUGUGUCGUCACAAGCGCAUGCACGCAGACUGCCGCACGCAGAUCAAGUGCAAAGACUGUGGGCAGAUGUUCAGCACUACAUCAUCCCUCAACAAGCACCGGCGCUUCUGUGAGGGGAAGAAUCAUUUCACUGCCGGGGGCUUGUUUGCCCAGGGCAUGCCCCUGCCUGGAGGCCCUGGCUUGGACAAAUCCGCCCUGGCCAUGGGCCACACCAGUGCUGGACUGGCGGACUACUUUGGCGCGAGCCGCCACCACGCUGGGCUCACCUUCCCUGCAGCUCCUGCGUUUCCCUUCAGUUUCCCCGGCUUGUUCCCCUCUGGACUGUACCACCGCCCCCCUCUCAUCCCUGCCACCACUUCUCCCAUCCGACAGCUACCCCACAAUCCAGGGUCAGGGCCAGAGCUUCUCCCGUCCAGCCCUGGGGCUCAUGACUCUCAAGAGCUGCUCAAGGCUCUGCGUAAAGAUGGAAGUUCUCCUCGCAUCCAGAUGACCGCUGCUGAUCUUCACACCUCAUCAAAGCGUAUCAAGCAGAGUGACCAGUCAGAGAGCAGUGACCUGGAUGAUGUCAGCACUCCCAGUGGCAGUGACCUGGAGAGCACCUCAGGCUCAGAGCUGGAGAGUGACAUGGACAGUGAGAGGGAGCGUGGAGCUGCCAGGGAGAAUGGUAAAGUGUCCAAACGGAAGGCCAGUGAGGGAAGCACCCAGAGCCCCAAGCUGCUGGGCAACAGUGCUGCUAAAGACUUCCCGGGCCCCUCUUUGAUGCCCUCCUCGCUGGAUGAGCACACAGCCGUCACAGGGGCUGUCAAUGACUCUAUUAAGGCUAUUGCCUCUAUUGCAGAGAAAUACUUUGGUUCAACUGGACUUGCUGGCCUCCAAGAAAAGAAAGUGGGUUCUCUGCCCUACCCCUCAAUGUUCCCACUGCCUUUCUUCCCUGGAUUUUCUCCUCCAGUUUAUCCAUUCCAAGAUAGAGAUCUCAAACCUCCAGGCCUUAAGGGCCAGCCCCAGUCACCAGGAGAAGACUCCAAAAAAGUAAAAGCAGAAUCACCUUUCGACUUAACUACCAAGCGUAAGGAGGAGAAAAGUGAGGUGCUUGUCCCCGCCAAACCAGUGUCCUCCCAAACCAACCAGGAUCAGCCUCUGGAUCUAAGCCUGGGGCCCCGGGUACGAGGACGCAGCGGGAAAGAAGAGGAGACUAAGAAGACUUACAAUGAAGGAAAGGCCAUUCUGGAGGUCCCCAAGGCUGACAUGUCUUUACAGCAUGCCCGCCCUACUCCGUUCUUCAUGGACCCUAUCUACAGCAGGGUUGAGAAGAGGAGAAUGAGUGAUCCAUUUGAGACGCUGAAGGACAAGUACAUGCGACCAGCACCAGGGUUCCUCUUUCACCCCCAGUUUCGUUUGCCAGAUCAGAGGACUUGGAUGUCGGCGAUUGAGAACAUGGCGGAGAAGCUGGAAACGUUCGGAUCCCUGAAGCCAGACACCGGGGACCUGCUGCGCUCGGUGCCCUCUAUGUUUGACUUCAGAGCUCCUCCCACGGCGCUCCCAGACACGCUGCUGCGCAAGGGCAAGGAGCGCUACACCUGCAGAUACUGCGGCAAAAUCUUCCCUCGCUCCGCCAACCUGACCCGCCACCUCCGGACCCACACAGGAGAGCAGCCCUAUAGGUGUAAGUACUGUGACCGCUCCUUCAGCAUCUCGUCAAACCUCCAGAGACACAUCCGCAACAUCCACAACAAGGAGAAGCCCUUCAAGUGCCACCUGUGUGACCGCUGCUUCGGCCAGCAGACCAACCUGGACCGCCACCUCAAGAAGCACGAGAACGGGAACCUCUCAGGCACUGCCAUGUCCUCCCCUCAGUCUGAACUGGACAGCGGGAGCGCCAUACUGGACGACAAAGAGGACUCCUACUUCAACGAGAUCCGAAACUUUAUCAGCAACGCGGGACACAACCAGACCUCUCCAGACCCAUCCGAAGAAGGGUUGAACGGCGUUGUUUUUGAAGAAGAGAAACCUCUGCUGUCCGGCCGUGGAUCACAUGACCUGGAGGACGAGGAAGCGGAGGACCUGGGGGCUGAAGAAGAGGAGGGGGAGGAGCCUAAACAGCCCGCCGUCAAGCCCGACAGCCAAUCACCGCGCGGGAACCUCAGUGACGACCCGGCGCAGGACAUGGACUUCCAGAACGCCGACUUGAAGCUCAACUGUAAAACCUCACCGCGGAGGUAUAAAGAGGAGGAGGAAGAGGAGGAGGAGGAGGAAGAGCAGAGCGCCUUCUCCGCCCUGGAGCACAUGCAUCACUUCUCGGAGCUGAGGAAGCUGGAGGAGAGCGAGCUGAGCGAGGCAGACGAGGACGAGGGCUCGUUCAGCUCUGCCAGUCUGUCUGAGGCCGUCAAGCAGCCCCUGUUCAGGAAGUCCAAGUCCCAGGCCUACGCCAUGAUGCUGUCCCUGGCCGAGAAGGACCCCCUGCACCCCUCCUCCCACAGCCCGGCCUCCAUGUGGCACAGCCUGGCCCGAGCCGCCGCCGAGUCCAGCGCCAUCCAGUCCCUGAGCCACGAACUAACGGGGGGGGACUUCCUCUCCGCUCUGGAACGGGAGGGACCCCUGAUUGUCUACGAAGUGACUGCUGAAGAACCACGGCCAGAGUGA